AUGACAAAUUCUGAAAAGGUUGCUGUUAUUAUGCUGGCUAUGGUGAUGUCGCUGCUAAAUGGAAGCCACUGCAUAGUAAAUCCACACAACGAAACUGCACGCAUGGUCAUCUAUCUGCAGGAGCCCAGUAGCUUGGGUCCACGCACCUGGUCGCCUGGCGUGGAGUGUUUGAAUCAGCUAACUAGCCUGUUUUUUAAGAAGCGUGAGCACUUGACGCGAUCUCCAAAUCUGGUUAUGACAGUUGGCAAGAAAAUGUCCACACCUGCAGCCCAGAUUCAGGAGGGUUUUUUGAAAAAACUAAUGGAAGCCAUCAGCAGCCAAAAUAGAUCGGCCUAUGGGACAAAACCCUACCAAAUGCGCAUCAUUUCGGAUUCAGUACCUUACCGAAGAACGGUCAUGAGUCAGAGAGAGCUGAUAUUGGCCGACUACUAUGUCAUGGUUGUGGAUUCGAUUGGCCGCCUGAGGAAGCUUUUGCAAAACUAUGUCAGCCAUAUGUUGUCUUGGAAUCCAGGAGCCCGUUUUUUGGUACUUUACAACAACAUCAAAGGUCGGAAGCAGGUCAAUGAAACCGCCAAAGAGAUAUUUAAUUUAAUGCUGGAGGAUUUCUACAUUCAUCGUGUGGGCUUGCUCUUCGCCACCUCGGACACGGAGUAUUCCUUUAUGCUGCUGGACUACUUUAACAGUUCUGCAUGCCGCACCCUAUCUAUCAACCACUUUGUCACCUGUAAUGAUGGUAAGCUGGAGACCAAAAGUCUCGUUUGGCUGCAGUCUCGGUUGAAGAGGUUAUUGGAUGGCGUAAGCCUGACCAAUUGCACAUUUAACAUGUGUGCGGCCAUAGCAGCACCAUUUGUGGAAAAAGAUUGUGUAUUGGGCUUGGAGAUGAGGAUCGUAGCGUUCAUCAAAGCUCGUCUGAAUUUCAAUAUCGACGCGACUUGCGAAAAGGAAAGUCGAGGUGUACAAGGCGAAGCAGGCAAUUGGAGUGGCCUCUUGGGUAGAUUAAAUGAUCGGGAUUGUGAUUUCAUCAUAGGUGGCUUUUAUCCCGAUAACGAAGUGGUGGGCAGUUUUUGGGUAUCCGAUUGUUAUUUGCAGGACUCCUAUGCUUGGUUUGCUAAACUGGCCGAUCCUCGUCCUGCAUGGAUGGCCCUGUAUUCGAUAUUUGGAAAUCGCACCUGGAUGUGCUUCAUGGCCAUGUUGUUGAUAAGCUGGUUGGCUUGGGCCCUAUUUGUGAUAGUGUUGCCAGAACCUACUGAGAGCAGAGAAUGGUCGCUUACAUUCAUCAACAACAUAGCCGUUUCGUUGUGUGUAUCCGUGAAUGAGAGGCCAUUUUGCAUGGCCAGCCGCAUCUUUUUCGUUUCCUUAUCCCUGUAUGGGCUGAAUGUGGCAUCGACAUAUACCUCGAAGCUGAUAUCGGUAUUCUCCAAUCCUGGCAAUCUGCAUCAGAUAGACAACCUGCGGGAAGUUGUGGAAGCAGGAAUACCUUUCGGUGGUUCCGAGGAAUGCCGAGAUUGGUUUGAAAACGAAGAGGACAUGUGGAUUUUCGAUUUGUACAAUGAAUCUUCAGAUUUUGUGCCCACCUCACUAAAUCUGCUGUAUGUAAAGAUGGGGCAACGUGUCAUAUUGAGCAGGCGCAUGUAUGUUUUACAGAAUUCUUUGGCCUACGAUGUCUAUCCUUUCAAACACAACAUCUUCUCCAGUCCCUUGCAAAUGAUUAUGAAGCCCGGCUUUCCCUUUCUGUAUGAAUUCAAUUCAAUUAUACGCAAAAUGCGGGACUACGGAUUUUUACAGAAAAUCAAUCGGGAUUUCAACUACAACAACACCUACCUCAACCGCAUUGCCAAGAUGAGGCCAGAAUUUCAAGAAAAAGUCAUUGUCCUAACAAUGGAACAUUUGGAUGGAGCUUUUUUUAUACUAAGCCUGGGCAUUGGAGUAAGUGUUGCCUUGUUUGUGGGCGAGCUAAUGGCGUUUCAUAGGUUUGGCCCUUGUCUACAGAAACCGUGUGGGCAACAGGCUAAGCCAAAGAAAAAGAAAAGACGAACAAAACACCGCAAACAUGAGGAGGGAAAAGACAAACAACCUCCCAAAGCUGUGAAGGAGAUUGUUUUGUCCUGGGAAGAGCAUAACAUUCAUAAGGAUAUGAGAUUUACACCAAUCAAAAGGAGGAAAAUCCUUCAGAAGUAAACUUGGCAGGAUGUAAGAAAUAAAAUUUUAAUCUUAGUAGAUGAAGAUUAAUUUUGGGAAAAUUUGCAAGAGAAAUAAUUUCUUAGGGUUUUAUAAAACGCGAUUGGUGGUACAUAUUACGGCCAAACGGCUGAAUGAAUUUUCUUAAAAUUUGCAUCAAUCGAAAGCUAUUUUUCCAGAGAAGCGACCAAUAUAUCCGAAAUUGAGGAAUUAAUGUUCA